UUUCGUUAGUACCACAAUGGUGUGUGCCACCAACGUACGUCAAUACCUUGCAUUGCUGUACGUACAAUGAAUGUGCUCACCGAAUUGGUAUGCGGAUUUUACUACGACUACUAUACGAGUACGACAAAACUCCGAGUUUACGUACGUGCAAUGCGAAACGCAUUGUAACUUGAUUUGUCUAUUUGGAAAAUAACAAACUUUUCUCCACAAUUUCAACGAUGAACAACAUUGAAAAUGUCUAGAUGUAGGGACUUUGAGAGGAAGAUUUAUUGUAAAUAACUGUAGGCCAUUCAAACUGAAACGGAAGGUUCCAACAGGCCGUCAAGCAAGAUGGCUGAUGGGCGGCGCACCCAGGUUGUGCUCCUGGAUGACAAGCGAGUGGACCUCGUUGUGCAGUCCAAACUGCUCGCCGGGGACCUCCUGGAUCUAGUCGUGUCCUACUUCAGUCUGAAGGAGAAGGAAUACUUUGGCCUUGCUUGUGCCGAUGAAACUGGUCACUAUAAUUGGCUGCAGCUUGACCGCAAGGUUCUAGACCACGAGUUCCUGCAGAGAACCGGAACCCUCAUCCUAUACUUUCAAGUUCAGUUCUUCUGUGAGAGUAUAGCGCAUCUCAGGGACAGCAUCACCAUCGAACUGUUUUAUCUUCAAGCCAAGGCCUCCAUCUACAAGGGUGAUAUUGAGGUAGACAGCGAAACCGUGUUUGAGUUAGCCGCCUACGUACUGCAAGCUACAGAGGGUGAUUUUAUAAGUGACUCCAAGACACGGAACGACCUCAAGACACUCCCCGUACUACCUCACAGCACACUCAGGGAGCACCCAUCACUGCCUUACUGCGAGGAGAAGAUCAUCUUCUAUUACCGGCAACUGGGAGGCCUCAGCCGCGGACAGGCAAUCAUUUGUUAUAUGCAACUAGUGGAGAGUCUCCCCACCUACGGAGUGCACUUCUACGAGCUCAAGGACAAGACUGGUAUCCCAUGGUGGCUGGGACUCAGCUACAAAGGCAUCGGCCAGUACGACAUCAAAGAUAGACUCACUCCCAGAAAGGUCUUCCAGUGGCGACAGCUACAAAAUAUCUACUAUAGAGAUCGGAAAUUUUCCAUAGAAGUCAUCGAUCCCAGGAGAGUUGUGAACACUUUGAGCAAUCUGAACCUGUAUGAAGAGUCUUUAGAGGAGGAUAUAUAUGAUGAGUUGUCGGACGCCAUAGCCGACCCAACGACCCAAGUUUCUGUGAGCAAACGAACCUUUGGUGCCUCCAACGCUACCCUCCACGCGUGGUAUGGCUCGCCGGUAAUAGUCAAGUCUAUGUGGACAAUGGCAGUCAGUCAGCAUCAGUUUUACCUGGACAAGAAACACAGCAAGGAGCGGUACCCAGCCCCGCGCACCUUCAAUCAGAUUGCCAAGGACCUGACGACGAGCACCAACUCGCUGACGUCCUCCCACACCUCCGAGAUGAGCGAGGAGCAGCCGCAGAUGACGGAAAGCGGCGGGGGUAGCACCAGCAGCAUGACCCUACUCAAGGAUGUCAAGGAGGCGUCUUCCAGAGAGCUUCUAGCCAUCGAGGGCGAGGCGGCUCGCAAGGAUCUAGUGGAAGCCUUGAAGGCACGCAAGGUAGUGCUGCAUGACACCCUCCAGGAGAAGCUGGAUAAUCUCAGACAGCUGUGCCUCAAGGAAGCUGAGUUAACAGGAGAGUUACCCAUUGAGUACCCUCGCAUCCCCGGUGAGCCCCUACCACGUCCCAAGACCAGGGUCACGACAGCGUUCACCCUGUCGGACAAAAUCAUCAACACCCCGGAACAUCAUUCCGAUGACGAUGGCCUGUCAAGGUUAGAAGGGGAGUACGAGAUCCAGUCUAAGAUCACCACGGCGGCCAUGAAGCUUGCCAACGAUCCGACGAUCAGUAAAAAGGUUCGCAAGACUCGCAGGGAUUCCUACAAGAAAUCUGCCCAUAGGCUUAACAGUAUCGAAGUGCAGCUGACUGACCUCCGUCACAAACUGGGCCUGGAGUUGGCGGAACCAACUCCGGAGAGAAAAGCCCUGGAGGAAUACAACAGCCUGAACCGGUCCGGUCGCAAGGCCAGCACUCCCCACACCCCACCUUCCUCGCGCUUUGGCUUCGGGUUCAUGUCGGAGCGGGGCAGGACGAAAACCCUGGAUGACAAAAAGGGUGCCAGGAUACGCUCCAAGAGCGUGCCCCGCCAGCUGCUGAAUGGAGGGUGGAGGUCGCCAUCCCAGAGCAGAAAGAACAAGGGUCAGGCGCCGGUGGAGAUCUACUCUGACGCUCCACCGAAGGAAUCACCCAAGGUUUCUAAAAAGAGGAGUGAGAGGGCAGCGCGCAACGGCAAGCCACCUAUGAGCUCCUGCCAGUCCGCAACCAAUCUGGAGAAUGGCAAUGAUUUGAUGAAUGGACAACUGCGCCAGAUAAGGUCAAACAGUAUGAGCAGUAAGGAUAGUUACCACUCGCAACGAUCCGUGGACUACGUUGAGAAUCAGCGACAGCCAUCUUACCCCAAGCCGCCUGUGGCGUACCCGGACUCAUACAGCAAGAGCACACCCUCGUUGAACAUGCAGCCGGAGACCCCAAGGAUGGAUUCGCCCCGUCGCCACAGGAACCCGUCCAACUCGGGGUCAAACGGCAGCAGUUCAGCCCGCGGGCCGCCCCCAGCGUACCACAGCGGUGCCCCGUUCAGGUCACUGAACAGGCCCGGGCGGUACCACGAGUCGCCCGAGCUGAGCUCCACGUGGAGGGAUUACGACCCACCAAAGUUAGGACACCACGCCGCCUCCCUGCAUGACCUGCAGCUUUCGUCGGUGCGGCGUGACCUCCCGGAGUUUGCUGACGACCCGGAGUAUCAUCAGCAGCCGACCUCCCUCAGCCAGCCCGCAACCCCAAAGAAGCACCUUUCACUGGGAAAUCUGCAUCUGAAAGCCAACAGCGUGCCUGGCCCUCAGAACCUCGAAGAGCAGAGCCCAGUCGAUUAUACUCCGUAUCGGAGUCGGACGUCAUACCGAUCCCAACAGUACCAAAACUAUGCCAGCCGGCUUCAGGGACCCAAGAAGUUUGAAUUUGAGGAGGUCAACAGUUACAUCAAUCAGCCUUAUGACCCUCGGACUGACCAGCAGGAUCAGCGACAGGAUCAAAUGGAAUACCCUGAUCAGGUGGAAUUCAGUGUCGGCCCGCCUGCUCAAUUAGAACGCGGGUCCAGUCACUCAAGCGACUUCCAGCCUGGAGGGACUCGUAACCGGCACCCGUCCCUAUCCUCCCAGCAGUCCUCUAGUAGUCAUUCCUCUCACAGCUCCUCUCUAGCCAUCCAGCUGGGCCAUAGUGGCAGUAGUGGCAGCGGUGGGGGUUCAUCUCCCUACCACUCCCAGCAUACCUCCCAGCGCGCCCCCCUCUACACCCACGUCUCGGAGUACACCUCCAGCUAUGCAACCAUCUCCCACACCCCUUCCAACAUGAACGUAGCCAGCCACAACAUGAGUGCCCACUCCCAAUCAAUGACACUGUACCAGGAACCCCAGCCGGCCGACACCUACCGGACCGAACCCCAGCCUGCGGCAGUCUACCGCACCACGUCCUCAAUGGUCCUGCGGCCACAGCAGACAUUUGGGUCCGGUAUAGCGGUCAGUAAAGUCCACUACCAACCGGUCACCCCAAUGACCUGUGAACCAGUGGCUCGACUCAAGAAACAAACGCAUUCUUCUUCAACUAAUAGCCUUCCUUCGUUCACCGCUCUAGAAGGUAGACCCCAUACGCCCCGUCUGCAUGAGGAGUGGCCCCUGCCCUACCAGAAGGUGUCGCGUGACUCUUUCUCCGCCUCAUUAGAGGACCUGACGUAUCGGGGCGACGCGGGGGAGUCCCUGGCGGACAGCUUCAGCGAAGAGAUGCUGACGUGGCUGGAGGAGCACGAGGGUAACCCGCAGUCCGGAACGUUAGUUUGACAGCGGGCGUCGCACAGCCAGACAGGCUGGCUGUUAGACACAUAGAGACUGUUUCUUCCUUCGUGGGCCGGCACCCCAACAUUUCUUCGCUGACGACGUUCAACUUCUGCGGGCAGAAACGUAUCGAGCUUGUACAACUCCGGAUCUUUGGUCGAGAAUUGUACGGGACUUGAGCUCGUCAGCCACAGCCAAAUGUAACACUUGUAGCUAGUUGUAAAUAUCUUCUUGUAAAUUAUUAUCGUCAGAAAGAUCAAGUAGAUUGUACAUAUGUAUUAUUUGACGGUUGGGUUGACGAAUGUUUAAAUAUUUUAAAUUAUUUUUUUUUACGUUGAAAUUUUUUCUUUUUUUAAAUUGGCUGAUUUGAGAACAUGCGGUUGUGUGUUAUUUUUAUGAACUCGUACCAAAGGAAACGUUUGCAUUUUUGUAUUUCCGUAUGGGUCAUUGUGUCAGUUUUAAGGUUCAG